CUCUCAAACGCUUUCCUCUGCAACAAAGCAGCGAGCGAGCAACGAGUCCAAGCCGGAGUUCUGCUGAGGUCUGACCAAACAACCCUCUGCUGUUUCAUUAACUGACUUGUGUGAGAUAUUUUCUUCAUUAAGAAGUAGUUUAGAAGAUGUUCGUGGCGAAGAGCAUCGCAGCGGAUCAUAAAGAUCUGAUUCACGAUGUUUCUUAUGACUUCCACGGUCGGAGGAUGGCGACCUGCUCCAGCGAUCAGAGCGUCAAGGUCUGGGACAAAGGUGACGAUGGAGAAUGGCAUUGCACUGCUAGCUGGAAGACUCACAGUGGAUCGGUGUGGAGGGUGACGUGGGCGCACCCUGAGUUUGGUCAGGUGCUGGCGUCCUGCUCCUUCGACCGCACCGCAGCUGUUUGGGAGGAGAUCGUCGGAGAAUCCAAUGACAAACAACGGGGACAAAGUCACUGGAUCAAGAGAACCACGCUGGUGGACAGCCGGACGUCUGUGACCGAUGUGAAGUUUGCACCGAAGCACAUGGGCCUGAUGCUGACCACCUGCUCUGCAGACGGCGUGGUGCGCAUCUACGAGGCUCCUGACGUGAUGAACCUCAGCCAGUGGUCACUGCAGCACGAGAUCUCCUGCAAGCUGUCCUGCUCCUGCAUCUCCUGGAACCCCUCCAGUUCUCGAGCCCAUCCUCCAAUGAUCGCAGUGGGCAGUGACGACAGCAACGUCACGUACAGCGGCAAAGUGCAGAUCUACGAGUAUAACGAAAAUACCAGGAAGUAUGCCAAAGCAGAGACGUUGAUGACUGUGACUGACCCGGUUCACGACAUCGCCUUUGCUCCCAAUCUGGGGAGAUCCUUCCAUGUGCUGGCUAUUGCCACCAAAGACGUCCGCAUAUUCAAACUCAUACCUAUGAGGAGAGAGAGCGCCAACAGCUCUGGUGCCACUAAGUUUGAGGUGCAGGUGAUGGCUCAGUUUGACAGUCAUAACUCUCAGGUGUGGCGCGUGAGCUGGAACAUCACCAGCACUCUGCUGGCCUCCUCCGGAGACGACGGCUGUGUGCGCCUCUGGAAAGCUAAUUACAUGGACAACUGGAAGUGUACGGGGAUCCUGAGAGGAGACGGCAGCCCAGUGAACGGCUCUUCUGGACACGCUGUGGCUCUGAACGCGGUGGGCGUCCCUGGAGCUGCUCAGAUGGUUGUUGGAGCUGCUUCUGCUGGCAGAAAAAAAGCUCAGCUGAUGCCAGGCUAAUGGCAUGAGAUGCUGAUUGGCUGUUUGCUGCAUGCACAUGCACAGGAUUGGACCGAGACCUCAUUGACCCUCCCCUGCACUCCUCUAGUUUCUAAUCGACAGAAGCGUGUGCUGUCGGCACUAUCCGUUGUGUGGCUGUUACAGGAACUGUGCCUCUGUGUGUGUUGUGUUCAGUGAUGCUUGCCUAACAAUAAGCAUUUUUGUUGUUGUUGUAUUUUUGAACAAAAUAUACACUAAACUUGAUUCUCAUCAAUACUGACACACUUAUUAAUUGUUGUAAUGCUAUACAGUAUUACUUAUUUAUUUUAAUACAUUUAGGUAGUUUUUCACGAGUUUCAAACAUUAUUUUCUGCAUUUGUCAACAUUUGUUAUUGUCCAUGUCAAAAAAAAAAACUGUCGAAGUUGCAUUUAAAGGAGCAGUUCACCCAAAAUCAAAACCAUUGAAUUUACUGGCCGUAAAAAAGAAAAUUCCAGAACCUUUUAAGCAUAAAAGAAGAGAUAUUUAAAAUCCUCAUUUAUUUGCAUUUGGAACAUCUUGAAGGUGGGUUAAUUUGGUUUCCUUUAACACACAUUUGUGCUGUUGGUUUGAAGUUGCUAGCAUGUAAUGUGUGGAGUGGACAGUAGAGGGAGACACCUUCAUUCAGCUCAGUUCUGCUCGUCUCUGGAAUUACUAACACAUUACAUUUGAUUCCUCACACUAACUGGAUUACCAGAUUUCAGUAACUCUUUUAUGAUGUAGGAGACCGUGUAUUAGAUGAGACAAAAUUCUUGUAGACAAGUGUGAAACAUCAGACAUGGUAAACAAUAUCGGUCUCUGUUAAUAAAAACAAGUCACCAAAGGUUUGUGUCAAAAUUCAGGAGUAUGGCGCAUGAAUAAUGGAGCAUAAAUCAAAUGCUGCAGAUCCUGAGAUGCUCGCUCUCCUUCAUGACAGGAACUCAGCAUGUUCUUUAUAGCGGAGCCACUUGAAAUGAGAAUUCAAAAGGAGAACAUUUAAACCGUUUUUGAAAUGAAUGUGUAAAAUAAAGUUUGUUUUUCAGUUCUGAGUUA